AUGUCUUGCGAAGAUGAGCAUCACAGUGGACACGGGGGCCAUGGCAACCACAAUCACGACCACGAUCAUAGUCACGUAGCACCUAUCCCUACGUCGUCAUCACAAUCACUCAAUUCAAAAAUAGAUACAUUUAAAGUGUCAGGAUUGAACAUGGCAAAUCCACCCGAUGAUCUUGCCAAAAUAUUCAAAUCACCAACCAACAAGUAUGAAAUACGUCCUACGAUCAAAUCAGACUGUGACGAACAGCUCAUCAUAAACAUUCCAUUCUUGAAUGGAAGUGUGAAAUUGUACUCGUUAAUACUUCGCACCAAUGGCAAUUCCUACUGCCCCAAGACCAUCAAGUUGUUUAAAAACGACAAAAUGAUUGAUUUUGACAACAUAGAGCUGAAGAAACCUGUACAAACACUCACUCAUCCUCAAGUCGGUAUUGCUGAUGAUGUUGAUGAAUCAGAGGUAACUGUCGAAUCCGACAAUGAUUUUGUGGAGCAUUUUCUUCAAAGGCAUAAGUUUACUGGAGUGCAGCAGUUGACCAUUUUCGUUUCCGAUAUAUAUGAUGAAGGCGAAGACCAGUGUCGUUUCCAUUCGAUUGAAUUGAGGGGAGAGUUUACUGAAUUGAAUAAAGAUCCAGUGGUUACGAUUUAUGAACUGGCUGCCAACCCUGCUGAUCACAAGAAUUUGACAUCAGCAGAGUAUCAAAAUAACAUCCAAUUUGGUAGCUAG